ACCACUGCCCUAACGCCACUAUACAAAGCGGCAACGUUGAUUCAAUUUCUGCUCUCUCCAUCGAAAGCGCAGGCGGAGACAGACCCAAUCGCCCUCGAUUUUCCACCGGCUAGAGAGCAAAUCAUUCAAACAGAGGGGAAAAUGAGGGAAAUCCUGCACAUCCAGGGUGGGCAAUGCGGCAACCAGAUCGGUGCCAAGUUUUGGGAGGUCAUUUGCGACGAGCACGGAAUCGAUCACACUGGCAAGUACAGCGGCGACUCAGAUCUCCAGCUCGAGCGCGUCAACGUUUACUAUAAUGAGGCCAGCGGUGGCAGGUACGUCCCACGCGCCGUCCUCAUGGACCUUGAGCCUGGCACCAUGGAUUCCGUCAGAUCUGGUCCCUACGGCCAGAUCUUCAGGCCGGAUAAUUUUGUGUUUGGCCAGUCUGGCGCCGGAAACAACUGGGCGAAGGGGCAUUACACCGAAGGAGCUGAACUGAUCGACGCAGUCCUCGAUGUUGUACGCAAGGAGGCCGAAAAUUGUGACUGCUUGCAAGGAUUCCAAGUUUGUCAUUCUUUGGGUGGAGGCACUGGAUCUGGAAUGGGUACUCUCCUCAUCUCCAAGAUCAGGGAAGAAUAUCCCGACCGGAUGAUGUUGACAUUCUCUGUAUUCCCUUCCCCGAAGGUAUCGGACACUGUUGUAGAGCCAUACAAUGCCACCCUAUCAGUUCAUCAGCUCGUUGAAAAUGCGGACGAAUGUAUGGUCUUGGAUAACGAGGCCCUCUACGACAUCUGCUUCCGAACCCUCAAGCUCGCCACUCCUACUUUUGGUGAUCUCAACCACCUCAUCUCCGCCACAAUGAGUGGUGUCACAUGCUGCCUUCGGUUCCCCGGACAGCUCAACUCCGAUCUCAGGAAGCUUGCAGUUAAUCUGAUCCCAUUCCCUCGCCUGCAUUUCUUCAUGGUUGGGUUCGCCCCCUUGACCUCCCGAGGAUCCCAGCAGUACCGAGCUCUUACAGUGCCUGAGCUGACUCAGCAAAUGUGGGAUGCCAAGAACAUGAUGUGUGCUGCAGAUCCGCGCCACGGCCGUUACUUGACGGCCUCAGCCAUGUUCCGUGGCAAGAUGAGCACUAAAGAGGUUGACGAGCAAAUGAUCAAUGUGCAAAACAAGAACUCCUCCUACUUUGUGGAGUGGAUCCCCAACAACGUCAAGUCCAGCGUUUGUGACAUCCCUCCCAAGGGUCUGAAAAUGGCGUCCACAUUCAUCGGGAACUCGACUUCCAUCCAGGAGAUGUUCAGGCGUGUGAGCGAGCAAUUCACCGCCAUGUUCAGGCGCAAGGCUUUCUUGCACUGGUACACGGGCGAGGGAAUGGACGAGAUGGAGUUCACCGAGGCCGAAAGCAACAUGAACGAUCUGGUGGCCGAGUACCAGCAGUACCAGGAUGCUACUGCAGAUGAGGAGUACGAGGAAGAGGAGGAAGAAGACGAGGUCCCUGCUUGAGAAAUCAAUCCCAUGGUUUCUUCUCGGUCUGUUGAUUUUUAAUUAGUGGGAUGGAUGAUUGUUUUUAUUGCUUUUCUUAAAGACUCUCAAGUCAGAUAUCCAUGUGUGUGUGUGUGUGAUAUUCAGCUUGUUGGAACUGAUCUGAUCAUCAUGUUUGAAAAUGAUUGUGAUGAUAUGCUUUGCUUUCGUUCUAUGGUGGAAUCAUGAUAUGUUUGUGCU